CACAAACAAGUAACUAAUUAAUUAUUUAUUAUGUUAUACAAACAGGUGUGAGGUGUUCGAACAUUACCAAACAAUAGAUGGCGGCAUCACAUAACCACCGUCCGCCACCGCCACAACCACUUUCUGACUCCGAUUCCGACGGCGGUGGAUCCUCCACCACCUCACUCCUCCGCCACUCAGACCUCUCCGAAUCAAUAUUCAAAUCUUACUUCAACUUCUCCGGCCACUCCUCAACCAAUGCCACCUCCGCCGACCUCUCCAAGAUCCAAUCCUUCCUCACCUCCUCCUCCUCCGGCGCUCUCUCCUGCCUCAUCUGCCUCGAACGCAUCAAACCCUCCGAUCCAACAUGGUCUUGCACCUCCCUCUGCUUCGCCGUCUUCCAUCUCUUCUGUAUUCAAAGCUGGUCUCGUCAAGCUUCUGAUCUCGCCGCUUCACGCGCCGUCACGCGCCUCUCCGUGUCCGCAGAACAUGCUGCCGAAACAUCUCUCUGGAAUUGUCCUAAAUGUAGAGUUGAAUAUCCCAAAAGUUUAAUCCCAAAAAUUUACUUUUGUUUCUGUGGUAAAUUGGAGAAUCCACCCAGUGAUGAUCCUUGGGUUUUACCUCAUUCCUGUGGUGAAGUUUGUGGUAGAUCGUUGAAAAAUGACUGUGGGCAUUAUUGUUUGCUUCUUUGUCAUCCUGGGCCAUGUCCAUCUUGUCCACAAUUGGUUAAAGUUAGUUGCUUUUGUGGGUCCCAUCAAGAUGUACGUAGAUGUGGGUUCAAAGAGUUUUCUUGUGAAGCACGUUGUGAGAAAAAAUUGGAUUGUGGAGUUCAUAGGUGUGUUGAGAUUUGUCAUCGUGGCGAUUGUCCACCAUGUCGGGCGCGUGGUGUUUAUAGAUGUCAAUGUGGGAAGGUGAAAGAGGAGAGGGAGUGUUGUGAACGUGUUUUUCAAUGUAGUGAUCCUUGUGAGAAAAAGCUUAGUUGUGGGAAGCAUGUUUGUGAGAAAGGGUGUCAUUCUGGGGAGUGUGGUGGAUGUCCUUUACAAGGGAAGAGAACAUGUCCUUGUGGGAAGAGAGUGUAUGAAGGAAUGCCUUGUGAUGCUCCUUUGCAGGUUUGUGGUGCAACUUGUGAGAAAACGUUGCCGUGUGGGUAUCAUAGGUGUCAUGAACGAUGCCAUCGUGGACAGUGUAUGGAGACCUGUAGGAUUGUUGUGAAGAAAUCUUGUCGUUGUGGAAGCCUUAGGAAAGAUGUGCCUUGCUAUCAAGAUUUGACAUGUGAGAGGAAGUGCCAGACAUUGCGCGACUGUGGUAAGCACCCGUGUAAGCGCCGCUGCUGUGAUGGAGAUUGCCCUCCGUGCUCAGAGAUAUGUGGCAGGAGGCUUCGUUGUAGGAACCAUAAAUGCCAAUCUCCAUGCCAUAGAGGUCCCUGUGCUCCUUGUCCUAUAAUGGUGACAAUUGCUUGUGCAUGUGGGGAGACACAUUUUGAGGUUCCUUGUGGUACGGAAAUGGAUCAAAAGCCACCUAAAUGUCGUAAACAAUGUCCUAUUCAGCCUUUGUGCCGGCAUGCAUCAAUCUCCAAGCCUCACAAGUGCCAUUAUGGAGCCUGCCCUCCUUGUCGCCUACCUUGUGCAGAAGAGUACCAAUGUGGCCAUGCAUGUAAAUUAAGGUGUCAUGGUGCUAAGCCUCCUCCUAAACCUGAGUUUACUCUCAAACCAAAGAAAAAGAAGAUUAUACAACAAAGUGAAAGUGCUCCCGGUACUCCAUGCCCUCCUUGCCCAGAACUAGAAUGGAGACCAUGUGUAGGGCAGCACAUUGGAGCAGAAAGAAUGAUGGUCUGCUCUAAUAAAUCACAGUUCUCUUGUGAUAAUUUAUGUGGUAAUCCUCUACCAUGUAGUAAUCAUUAUUGUACUAAAACCUGCCACGCCUUGGAGAACCGAUCUUCCAUGAACCAGUUACCGAGAAGUGAGGCUUGUGAAGCUUGUUCGCUUUCUUGCCAAAAGGAACGAAAGCCUAAGUGUCAACAUCACUGCCCUCGGCGCUGCCAUCCUGGAGACUGCCCCCCGUGCAAGGUGCUAAUUAAACGUUCAUGUCAUUGUGGUGCAAUGGUCCAUGCUUUUGAGUGCAUUUAUUACAACAGCCUGUCUGCAAAAGAUCAAGAGACUGCCCGGUCAUGUGGUGGACCAUGUCAUAGAAAGAUGCCAAAUUGUACACACCUAUGCCCAGAGACAUGUCAUCCUGGUGAAUGCCGAAAUCCUGAGAAAUGCUCUAAAAAGGUCACUGUUCGUUGCAAAUGCCAAACACUGAAAAAGGAGUGGCUUUGUCAAGAUGUUCAAGCAGCACAUAAUCGUGCUGGUUGCAAUCCAAGCGAUGUACCAAAAAAUCAAUUUGGAGUUGGACUUAUUCCUUGCAAUUCUGACUGUAAGAGUAAAGUGCAGGUUGUUGAGUCAGAAUUGCAAUUACGUAAAUCUAAAGUUACAGAGGUGAAGGAGCAGCCAGAUAAUGAAAAAUCAGGUCCAAAGCGACGAAAAAAGCGAGAGCGGGUAGUGGAAUCGAAGGAACCAACAAUACUGCAGAAAAUGAUUUCCCGAGCAAAGCAGCUUCUUCUAUUUAUAUUUUUCUUGGUCAUACUUGUUGCUGCUACUCAUUAUGGGUACAAGGGACUACUAUGGCUCAAUGAUUGGAUGAAUAAAGUUGAUGAACAAAGACAAAGAUCUUCACGAAUCAGAUGAUUAGUUCAUUUUGUUUACUAUAUUAUUUCUCCUGUUAAUGAAAUUAUAAGAUGCAUCAAGUUUUGAUAUGCUUUGAAUGCUUACGGCACUUGACACUCGCCAUACAAUACAUUCUUUUACCAUGGAACAGGGAAUAAUCACCCCAUAGACACAUUAGACAUGUUCAGAUUUUUCCUGAAUGAGGUUUUCUUUUGGAGGUUCAAUUUAUUUGUAUGUCCAAUAUUGUUACCAAAGAUGUAGCUAUCUGUAUAACUAGUAUGUAACUUAUAGACUAUAGUGCUAUGAUGAUAACUUUACAAUUUUGUUGGAUUGAACAUGUUGCAGUAACAUUUUUAUUAUCAAUUACCUGGUUCGUGCCUUUUUU